GGCAUCGCGCACGUCCGCCGGCCGGGAAAUUCCCCCUGAAAAGGGCGGUGUGCUGGGCGCGGCAGCGCAGCCAGCCUGGGCGGGCGGGAGGGAGGGAGUCGGGGCCCGGUCGUCCCUCCGAGGCAGCAUUCGUCUGUCUGUCCGUCCUUCCGAGGUGUGCGGGGCUCGGGCGGGGAGCGCCGCGGCGGCAGUGGGCCGGAGCGGCUGCACGGAGCUGUCAGCAUGGCCGGUGGCCCUGAGCCCUACAUUGAAAUAUUUGAGCAACCCAGGCAAAGGGGCAUGCGUUUCCGAUACAAAUGUGAGGGAAGAUCGGCAGGCAGCAUUCCAGGAGAACACAGUACCGAAAACAAUAAGACGUUCCCUUCCAUACAGAUUCUGAAUUAUUUUGGAAAAGUCAAAAUAAGAACUACGUUGGUAACGAAGAGUGAACCCUACAAGCCACACCCUCAUGAUCUGGUUGGAAAAGACUGCAGGGAUGGCUACUACGAAGCAGAGUUUGGUCCAGAACGGCGAGUCCUGUCUUUUCAGAAUUUGGGCAUUCAGUGUGUGAAGAAGAAAGACCUGAAGGAAUCAAUUUCUUUACGAAUCUCGAAGAAGAUUAACCCUUUCAACGUGCCUGAAGAGCAGCUGCACAACAUCGAUGAGUACGAUCUCAAUGUCGUCCGCCUCUGCUUCCAAGCUUUCCUCCCCGACGAGCACGGCAACUACACGUUAGCUCUUCCUCCUUUGAUUUCCAACCCCAUCUAUGACAACAGAGCUCCCAACACAGCAGAAUUAAGAAUCUGUCGUGUGAACAAGAACUGUGGAAGUGUAAAAGGAGGAGAUGAAAUAUUUCUGCUGUGUGACAAAGUUCAGAAAGAUGAUAUAGAAGUCAGAUUUGUCUUGGACAACUGGGAGGCCAAAGGUUCCUUCUCACAAGCUGACGUUCACCGUCAAGUUGCGAUUGUGUUCAGAACGCCGCCCUUCCUCAAAGACAUCACCGAGCCCGUCACGGUGAAGAUGCAGUUGCGAAGACCUUCAGACCAGGAAGUCAGUGAACCUAUGGAUUUCAGAUACCUGCCAGAUGAAAAGGAUCCAUAUGGCAACAAAGCAAAACGGCAAAGAUCGACGUUGGCUUGGCAAAAGCUCAUACAGGACUGUGGAUCAACUGCGACAGAGAGGCCCAAAGUAACUCCAUUCUCCACUGUCACUCCUGAAGGGAAGCUGAUUAAGAACGAACCCCUGUUUUCAUCCACGUUGAUGAUGCCGAGGCUAGAAACCCUGGGCAACGCUAGUCAGAGCUACGCUGUCUGCAACGAGAUUGCCCAUCCGCCUGCGCAGGUGGGGCCAGGGAAGCAAGACGCGCUCUCCUCGUGCUGGCAGCCGCUGUACGGCACCCCCUCUUCAGCCGGCAGCCUGCUCAACGCGCACCCGCAGAACAGCUUCGCGGCGGACGCGCCUCCGCCCGCCGCUCAGGGUGGCGGCGCGCUCUCAGCUUUCCACGACGGCCCUCUGAACUGGCCUGACGAGAAGGAUUCAGGCUUUUACCGGAAUUUUGGCAGCGCCAACGGGAUGGGAGCAGCGGCGUCGGCGUCGACUGCAGACAUGCAGAGCGUUCCUAGUAACAGCAUCGUGCACAUGGAGACCGAUGACAUGAACUGCACUAGCAUAAACUUUGAAAAGUACAAUCCGGUGUUAAACGCGAGCAACCACAGGCAGCAGCUCCAUCAGGUGCCUCCGCCUUGCCCGCCCGUAGCAGCCCCGGGCAGCACGCCUUUUAAUUCGCAGUCUAACUUAGCUGAUACAGCAGUUUACAGUUUUAUAGACCAAGAAGUUUUAAGCGAAUCGCGACUACCCGCCAACCCGAUCCCAAACCAUCAGAAUAGCGUUGCAGACAACCAGUUCUAUGACACCAACGGUGUCCACACUGAUGAGUUCUAUCCGUCUUUCCCAUUUGAUAACAUGAACAUAUUACAAAACUAUAACCAUUGAGCCGGCAGCGGGUACGUAGACCUUUGUGAAGAGGAGUAACUUACCCUUCUGGAGUCCCUGCUUUCUCUUUCAGAACAUUCCUGUGCAAGUUUCAGGACAGAGCUUAGUUAUGUGUUACGGCCCAAAGACUGGUGCCCCUAAAGGAGAGAGGUGGGAGUUGGGCUUGGGGUUCUCUACCUUAAAAGUCGUACCUUGUGUACAUAUUUUUACGCUGUUGGAAAAGGGAACUCUCAACACCUAAGUUUUCCUUACCUUCAGGGACUGUAAAAGCUGGCAUCUUCAGAAGGGUUAAAAUUUCAAAUACUUCACAGGGUUAAAAUUGUUUGGAAAAGAAUCAUUUUUGCUGUGGAAAUUACAUUUAAAUUUUGAUAGGAUGGAAAUUAGGAAAAAAACCCACCUGCACAUGGGCACUCUAGUUCAUACUCGCCUAAAGAUGUUAAAGUUCUGCUCCACUUACUUGAAAGGUUUAGAUUUCUUACCCUCUGUCUUACAAAAUAUUCUUCUCCUAAUACAAGAUCAAGCAUUGAGUUUUCACAUUUUCACCACACUCCAUUUGCUUUGAAAGCAAAUUUACUCUAAAAUUUUUUUAAUGACUAUGUCAUUGUUAGAUAUAUUUUAAAAGACCGGAAGGUUUGAGUUUGUGUGUUUUUGUUUUGUUUUUUUUUUUAAAUAGUCCAGCUCUGUUGUAAAUGAAUCACUGCACAAAAGAAGUAAACAGAAAGUAAGGACUUCUCUGCACUUCAUCCAAAGUGCACUAUUUUAAAAAACAAACCCCUGUUGCUUUAGGAAUGGAGCACACGGUUAUUUCUCUGAAAGUUUUUUUUUUUUUGUGUGUGUGUAGCUGCGAUACGCACGUUAUUUUGAAUGGCAGAAAGGUGUUGAGCCGAUGCACCUUAUUUUUUUCCUCAGGUAUCCCGGCAGUUUCCUGCUAUGCAAGUGACUGCUUAAAAGAAGGCUCCGAUCCUGCCUCCCCUCCCGAGAAAGCUUUGGGGCAAACCCAGAGGCCGCCUUGAUGCAGCCUCGUCUAGAUGCUUGUAAUUAACGACUUACGGCCAUGCCAGUCUACUAAUUAGAAACACUCCUCUAUACUCUGUAUCAGAAACCUGAACUUCCUCCCUUUCACUUACUUCCCGGUCUUUGUUCUUAGCCCGAGCUGCGAGAUGUUUUGUGACAACUCACGUGGAUGUAACUGGCUAGGUAAGACACUCUACUCUGCAUUAUAGGGCUUUGCUAUUUUAUUAUUAUUAUUAUUAUUAUUAUUAUUUUUUAAGAAGCAACACAGCAAGAAAUAGAUGAGUAUUUCUUAAGUUAUACAGCUGCUUUGUAUGGCAGAUAAGGCUUAAGAAUCUAAUUGUUACUGUUUGCCAACCAUGGAAAGAAGCAAUAGAAAAAGCAGACUCGGGUAUGUAAAAAAACCCCCCCAAAACACAACCCCAAAUAAAAAAAAAAAGCCACUUGAGAAGUACUGUUGUACACAAGGCGGAAAGGAACUCCAAACCCCCUCUGUGGUUUAUAGGAAAGCGAGGAGUCCUUAACGGCAGUAAUUCAUCGCGUUCAAAGCAGCGCGGCGCUGCUGCUGUAGUGCGUCACGCCAGUUACGCAGCUAUGACAGAAUACACUCCUUGAACAACGCGUAGAACGUACAACGUUUGGCAAACUGCUUCCCCUGACUCUAGGUGCACAAAGCGAUGAAUUGCCUCUCCAUGUUUUAAAGCAGUUUCUCCUCGCUUCUGCGUAACACCUACCUUUUUCCAGAGCUCCUCUGCAGUCUUAAGUAACAGAAAGACCACCGAAAUACAAAGAAAACUUGAAAUGUGUUGUUUAUUCAGUUCUUUUUUUUUUGACGUUCUCAAUUGUAAGUUUAUUAAAUGUAAACAUUUUACUUCAUAGAAAGCUCUUGAUAGUACAGUUUGUUUUUACUGUAUAAUUAAAUAUUUUCCAAGUUCUCUUUUUCCUUUGUAAACGAGUUAGUUUUGUAAUUAAAAAAACCUGGUUAUAC